GUUUUCACAGAAAUCACGUGACCCGCGCUGAGAGGGGCGUAUCCCCGCUCAGUUCACUUCCUCAGGACGGUCUCGCAGCGAGGAGCCUUUCUUUCACUUCCUUUCACCUGAUUAACUUGUUUUAUGAACACUUUAACCUCCGUUUCUUCCCUUACAUUUAUACUUUUACAACUUUAUACCGUAUGGAAGUAAUAUAACACCGGAGUAGAUACGAUAAGAUAAGGAAUGGCCUCUGCGACAUCGUGGUCUGAGGAGGACUUCUCCUGUUCAAUCUGUCUGGAUGUGUUCAACAGCCCAGUUACCACACCAUGUGGACACAACUUCUGCAGAACCUGUGUUACUGUGUUCUGGGAUAACAUAGUCCAGUACAAAUGUCCUGUCUGCAACGAGCUGUUCCACACAAGACCUGUUUUACGGGUUAAUACCUUCAUAUCAGGGAUGGUUGAUCAGUUUAGAAGUUCUGUACGAGUCAAAGAGCAGCCUUGCGUUGAACCCGGAGAAGUUCCUUGUGACGUCUGUACUGGGACCCAGCUGAAGGCAGUGAAGUCCUGCCUGGUGUGUCUUAUCUCUUACUGCCAGACCCACCUGGAGCCACAUCAGAGAGUCUCCCGUCUGAAGACACAUCAGCUGGUCGAGCCUUUGGACCGUCUGGAAGACAGGAUGUGUAAGAAACACGACCGACUCCUGGAGCUCUUCUGUCAGACUGACCAGGUGUGUGUGUGUGUGUUGUGCACAAUGACAGACCACAAGUCCCAUCCUGUUGUACCUCUGAAGGAGGAAUAUGAAGUGAAGAUGGCCCAGCUGGGGAAGAUAGAGGCUGAAGUUCAGCAGAUGAUCAAGGAGAGACAACGAAAGAUUAAAGACAUCAUAGACACGGUGGACCACAGCAAAGCAGACGCAGACAGAGAGAUAGCCGAUGGUGUGCAGGUCCUCACUGCUCUGAGGCGCUCUGUUGAAAAGUGUCUGGAUGAUCACAACAAAACGGUUCAAGAGAAACUGAAAUCCACAGAGAAAGAAGCUGAAGGCCUCAUCAAAGAGCUGGAGCAGGAAAUAAAAGAUCUGACCAAUAGAAGCUCAGAGGUGAAGCAGUUCUCCCAAACUGAAGACCACCUCCACCUCCUCCAGACCUUCAGAUCCCUGAAGGAUCCUCCACCCACCAGGGACUGGACCACGGUGGAGGUCCGUCCUCCAUCAUACGUUGGGACCUUGAGGAGAGCCCUGGAUCAGCUGGAGGAGACACUGAACAUGGAGAUGAAGAAGGUGCCUGACCUGAGAUCAGUUCCACACAAGUAUGCCUGUGAACUCACACUGGACCCCAACACGGCCCACAGACGAAUCUCUCUGUCUGAGGACAACAGGAAGGUGACGCGGGUUGGAGAGGACCAGUCGUGUCCGGAUCACCCAGACAGAUUUGACUGGUGGCCCCAGGUGUUGGGUAGGGAGGUUCUGACUGGCCGCUGUUACUGGGAGGUAGAGAAGGAAGGAUGGGUUGGUAUAGGAGUGACAUACAGAGGAAUCACAAGGAGAGGAGGGGGUGGUGACAGCAGGCUUGGACAGAACAACAAGUCCUGGGUUCUUUAUUGUUAUGAUGGUCGUUACUAUGCCCGGUACAACGGUAUAGAGACAGCCCUCCCUCUCCGCGCCGCUGGCUCCACCAGAGUAGGAGUGUAUCUGGACCGGCCUGCUGGCUAUCUGUCCUUCUACAGAGUGUCCCCAGGUGGAGGAGGGUCCUCAGACACACUGACACACCUCCACACCUACUGGUCCUCCUUCACCCAGGAGGACAUCCUCCCGGGGGUUGAGUUACGGGGGGUCGAGGGGUCCUCAUUGUCUCUGUGUCAGUUGUAGACACACACACACACACACACACAUACACACAGCCACACACACACACACACACUCACAAACACACGAAGGGUG